AUGCAAUUGCUGAAUGGAUGGAUCGGCGUCAACCAUCCACAUGCAGGGAAAGAAUUGUAGUAUCAUUACUAGAUCAUUGACAAUGAUAAGCUUGUCAUUGUCUCGGUCGUUGUGGGCUAUCACCUCCUCCCUCCUCCGCAUUAGAUCCAAAAUUCGAAGUUCCUGCGGGGCUACUAAAGGAGUUCAGGGUUAAAAAAAUGCAAUGCAGAGGUUGCCAUCCAACGAGACACAACUCAAAUGCAGAGUUUGCGUGAGAUAACUUCAAAGAUAUAGCUUACGUUUCCGUUUGCGACCAGAUGGGUUUGAGGUUACACUUUGAAUCACUCAAGGGAAUUAGCUUGCAAUUCAAUUUGGAGCUGAAUGGAUGGAUCAAAUUGUUAUUUCUCGGUGUACUCAGCUUUCUGAAGGGGUCAAAUGUUAGUUGAAAAUAUAAUCUUUUGAAAACCUGGUUUUAUAAAUUUUGAUUGUUAAUACGUUAUUGGAAAUUGUUUGCUUUGGUAUGGGCUUACAGGUAACAGAGAAGCAACUCGCAGCUCUCUUCAUCACAUGUGGCCAGGUAGACUUUGAUUUUUCCAAUUUCUAAAACUUAGGAAGGUCCCUGCUAUCCCAAUUUUUGUUUUAAGUUUUGCAAGGGUUUCAGAUUGGGAUGAACCUUGAAGCUCGUGAUGAGAAUCUGGUGCUACUAGCAAAAGUUUAUCAGAGGGGGGCUAUUGGGUGGUGCUGCGUAAAGGUGUCGCAUACAUGUAGAGGUUUUCCGUUGGUGUUUGCCCCCCCAGUGUGGUGUCUGUGCAGAAGUUGCUUUUAUUUAGAUGCAGUAUGGAUAAGAAGAAGGCACACAGGGAGUACUUUCUGACAGAUUUGAGGAAGGAGAGGUCCCCGUGUACAAAUCAUGUGGACCUGAGCAUGUGCACAGCAGACUUGAAUAUGAAUAGUGUGAAUCAUAGCCAGAGAGCCCGUAUCUUAUGAAUAGUGUCAUUAAGUAUACAUUCCAAGGAUUUUGAAGUUGGAAUUGAGGGGAAUGGCGGCAGGGCAGCUGGAGUUGAAGUUGGCAUUGUUAAAAGCAGAGACAAAGCUGUAUAGUCCUCUUGAUACUAGAGUACAGCAGAUUAUGGAGGGGUGCACUGCGAUUGUUGCCGAAGUUGCUCGCUUACCACCCCUCAGAAACAUCCGAUAUGCUUGUAGAGUGUUGUGUGGAAUAUGUAGAAAUAGGCAAGAACCACUUUCGGUGAGAUCUCUCUUUUGGCUCAGGAAAUAUGGAUGUGGCGAUACUCUUGUCUGUCAACAUAUCGCGUGGUUAUUGUUUUGCUGAAUCGAGUCUCUGGUAGCCCCUCGUCUGCAGAGUACCACAUUGAAGCACUUCCAGUGGCGUAUUUUUUUUGAGCUAGUUUGAGGAAAACAUGGACAACUUACCUCGGUUUUUGCGAACAGAAGCGACAGCUGUAUCAACGUACACAGAUGAGGAAAGUACUCGACGGUUUUGCAGACUUGGCUGCAAUAUAUCAAGUUUGUCCAGUUCGAUUGGGACUCGACACGAUAAGGUGGCUGUGCUCUUGUUUUUGUGAUGGAAUGGAAUUCCAGCUUUCGGUCGUUCAGAUGGAUAACCACUUUUCACGAAACCCAGCUAUUUCUAAUCCCUCAAAAGAAGUUGGAGGAUUUGCAUAUCCGGAAGGUAAAUUCAAUUUCGCUGCGAUGAGGCACCUUCUAAUCCGUGUGAUGGUCAAGGGAAAGGUUCACACUAAUCACCGAUUUCCACAGUUCACCCACACGACGAGUUCUCAGUUCAAUUCAUUCUACCAAUGGACGGUACGAGAUUCCAAGAGGACGGAGCCACCGGCCUAGGCUUGCAGCAUACAUAUGUUGGUGUUGAGUCGGUGGAAGCUUCAAAGUGUUCUGGAAUCAAGUGUUGGUGGUGCAAUUUCACACUCACAUCACCGCAAGCGAUAUUUCUCGACCUGUUAUCACCUGUAAAAACGGCAAUUUUCAGCGAAGAAUUUAUCCGCUGAGUAUGAGCAUGUUCCUUAUGAGUUAAGCACAUGAACCUUUCUUAUUUUAGCCACACCUGUUUACAAAUUAGCGUUGAACGAAGAGAUCCUUUUACCGGUGUCGUUCAUUUGUUCACUUCAUUCUCCCCUCCAAUCUAAAAUAGUCUGGCACAAAGGGUAUCGAGAUACUGUUUUCAAAGCUUCGGUAGGGAGGGUCUUUAAUGGAGAGUAUCUGGUUCAGAAAACACUCAUAAGAAAUUGAUUUCGCAAGAAUGAUGUAAAAGAUCUGGUAUGGCAACGCCCACGAGCAUUUUGGACUUGCCCGCACUUCUGGUCUUAGAUAAGGAUGACCUGGGCGCGAAUGGAUGUUCAAAAGAAACAAAGAAACUUGAUGCUUCUAUCACUGAUAACCUUUCCUUAGAACAUCAUUCUAAAAAUGUUGGUGAAGGAAUUCAAACAAAUUUGGAAGCAAAAAACGAUGCUGUUCAAGGGAAAAUCCGCCCAAUCCAAGAACUGGAAGACCCGAAGAAACAAGGACUGAAGCCAUCUCGUGGUGAAGAGAGGAAGAGCAGGGAAUUCAAGCCUUCCCGUUUCAAAGACGAUUUGGAGAAAGGAAUACCAGUAGAAUCUGAUGACCAUCGCAUUAAAUGGUCCGUAUUUGGCUUCGGCCUGUCCGGUGACCAAGAAACAGCAUUGUUUCAGUACAUCACAAAUAAAUCGGGUAAAAUGCCCUACAACGAGCCAGACCGCGAGGCACUUGCACAUUGCUGGGGAUCGCCAGAACUUGUUAGGGAAGAUGUCGAUAACAAUGAGUUAGAGGAAGAUGACAUUCCAGUAGCCUUCCCCGCGGAUUUAUCCGAGACUCUUGCUGUUAAGGAAAUGGUGAAGUCAGGCUUACUAACCACAAGUGUCGUUGCUGUGAAUGGCGAGAAUGAUGGGUUGUUCCUGGCGGAUGAAGAAAGACUGAUUAACGCUGAAAACGAAGUCGACGCUGCGAGCACAGAAUCGUUGUAUGAAGGUGAAGGAGGAGUAGAUCAAGGUUUCAAAUCAGUCACUGUGGACUCCCUAGCCAACAUAGAGGAUGAGGAGGAGAAGCACGAGGGUCCUGCACAAGUCCUGGACAACGAGCAGAUGGAAAGGGACCUCAUCAUGCAGAAGGUCAAGGAAUGUUAUGGAUAUAGGGUCAAAACAUCGCUUGAGAGAGCCUUGAGAAAAGGGGACCCAGAAUCCAUCAUUUCCAGCCAAGCAGGCUUGGACAACCAACUUCAUACAGUAAAAUCUGGGGCAAGCCAAGAUGCUGCAUUUUCUGGAACUAGGAAAGAUGACAUGGUUGCCAGUCCAACAACAAUUGAGGUACCAGAGAACGGAAGUUUCAUUAAUCUUUGGGAGGAUGAGUGCAUGACAUAUUUGGAGCGACCACCUGAGUAUCGUGCACGAUUACAAUAUCAAGUCCGUGUCAUCCUUAUUUCACCAGCUUUUCAUGUCGCUGGCCGAACUGUCACUGCCUUCUCCAGUUUUUACGAAAAGAAAUUUGGGAGAACCGUUGAAGCCUCGGGCUUCAGCACGUCUGCUAGGCUGUGCAGAUCCAUGCCUCAUGUUGUGCAGAGGUUACUACUUAUUGACGAAGGCAAACUGCAGUUGGUGGAUACUCCUAAAAACCAUCGCAUUGUAGCUGGUAUUAGGUCGGGACUCCGAAGGAUCGUGUAUGAGAUACUCAGAACCCACCAAUGGUUGCACCUCGACACGAUUGAAUCACUUUGUGAAGGAGCGAUUGGGCAACCUUUACAUGAGGUUCUCAUCGAUCAUGGAUACCACACGGCUUCGGUGGAGUGCAUGCUUCAUGAUAUGCCAGACAUUGCUCAUCUCGAUGAACGCGCAGAGCAGACGCGAGUCUAUCUGUGCAAGGGAGCUGAAGACCCUGCUCUCACAGACGGGUUCCUCCUACGGCAAUCGAUUCAAGAGAGAUCCUUCGUGGGCUUGGCAGGGAGUAUAAGCCAGUUCCAUCGGGAGGUAAGUGGUUGUAAAUCGGAUUUGCACGUAGAGGAAAACCAGCAAUCUCCAGAUGACGAUGAUACUGAUGAACGAUCGAGUCCUGAUUGUUCGAGAACAGGACCCGUUGGAAUGGCCCCGGAGGAGCUAUCCGAUCUUCGAGCACUUUGUGCAGCUGAGAGCAAUAACUUGGGCAGGGAUGCAUCGAUUUACAACGUGGAAGAUCUGUCCCCUCAUGUGCGACUACGUCUCAGACUACUCCUUGCUUUACACGACGAAGGCCGUGGAAUCGAAGUCGAGUGCUUGCCAUCCGUAUAUGAGAAAAUGUUUGCGGUGCCACUUGAUUUACCAACCCUUGGUUUCAAGUCACUGCAAGAGCUUAUUGAUGCAUGGCGGGAUGUCAUGCUAACGCAAACCUCAAAUCCUAGGUGGGUCUUCCCCAUCAACACCCUUGAUAACAACCGCGUCUUGAACACAAUUACCUCCGGCUUAAGGUUAGCAGUAUUUGCCAUUUUGUUGGCAAGAUACCCAGCGGGCCUAGAACCUUUGGAACUUGUGGAAUGUUUAGAAGAGACGCUCUCGGGUAAACUUUGGGAGAUCCUCAGUUCAAAUGGUUACAUAUUCAAGGAUUUGAUCAAAACAGGGAAAUCUUUAUCCAGAAGUCCGUCGGAAUUCCAGCUACCUGACUGCCCUGAACUCCGAUUGCUGCUGAAAGAUAUGGAAGAUUUCGUCCGCCUUGGAUGCCGAGAGGAUGGUGUCCUCAUUGUGAAGCUACGGGACGGUGAAUUUCCGCUGCUUGACCUUCAGGAUUGCGAUGUGUCUGGAGGGAUUCCGGAGGGCGAGGGGGAGAAAUCAGACGUGGAUGCAAUCAAGGAAACACUUAACAACUCUGCUGCUUCCUCAAUAAGUUCACCAGCAAAGCCCGAUGAUCAUGUAGUCAUGGCCAUGGACACCCAACUUCCUGCCAGGAUAAACAGUGAAGCUUUAAAAGCUAAGCAUCAUGAAGUGGCGGAAGAAGGCGGCGCUGUGGAUCGGGAUUUAACUCCACUUGACAUGAUGUCAUCUGACGAGCAGAACCUUGCAUCGCUGCCGACAUCCCCAACACUGACCACAGAGCUCGUGGUCACUGUGCAAAAGCAAUCCUGCAAUCCGUCCCACAAGCUGAAACACGAAACACGGAUGAUACUCGGAAGUCCAGAUUAUAUGGAGAAUGGACUCACAAUAGAAGAGUUUCGCACCGUGUACAUGGACCGAACUGGUGGACGACCCCUCAGCUUGGGUGAGUUCAAAUCAAUAGAGUCAUUGUUGCAUGCGAUGCCAGACAUUGUGAGCUUCGAGUUGGGUCCUGCCCCUGACGAUCAAAUCAUCACGCUUGCACAAAGCCGUCGGAACAUGCGAAUUCUCUCAGUAGCGAAGGUGGGUCUGAGACAAGUGCUUUUCUGGGCUCUGUUAAGGAACCCGGGCGGUGUUUGGGCCGAGCUCCUUGAAGGCUGGUUCCUGGACUUCACAGGAUGGCCAUUAUCUAGUGUCCUUGCAAGUCAUGGAUAUGACAAGACGCGUCGAGCUCUUCUUCAACCUGUCACUGAGUUUUUGCUAGACAUGGCCGACAUUGUGGAUAUGAAAGAAAGUGAUCCUAGCCUUUACGUUUGGACUGGAUUGUGUGAAGGUCCAAAUCGAGCGGAUGCGUUACUUCUAGGAGUAUCAGACGAAAAUAUUCAAUACGAUCCAGUCAAGGCAGAGAACGUAGACUCACGGUGACAAAGAGGGGAGGAUUCAAAAACAGCUACUACCCAUUUAAAAACAAGGAUGGAAAAACAGGAGACGGGGUAAAAACAACGAUUGGUGAGGAUGAUGCCGAACACAAUGCUGCACUGCAGCAACGUCAGUAGUCAUUUCCAGCUAACGGGAAAGUUUCAUCGUUGAGAACGCAGAUGGCCCUCAAACCAAAAAUGUUUUGGCAUUUGUGGGCAGCAUGCACAAAAGGGAUCACCAUUUCCAGUAGUAUCUGAAAAAGUUCCAUCGUCAAAGGUGGAAACGUUUCCGCACGGUUGAGGAAUACUAGUAACGAAGAUCAGAACCUUUGAAAGCCAACAACUUGAAAUAAUGUGCGCCACUGCAGCUGUUAAACCAGCAUAUUAGGCACAUUACUAGCAUUCGAGUGAGGAAAUUUGAAACUCUACUCUAGAGAAGUACAUGCAACUACGUGAAAUCAAUGGAGAAGUCGACUAGCCUAGUAGUAGCACAGAGCCAUCAAGGAACAGUCACACAAUCUAUCUUAGUGUGCUCGCAAUCAGACUAACACUAAAGCAAACUGGUACGACCUACAGGCUUUUGAGAACACAGGUAUCAGUCAUCCAUCCAGAAAAAGACUUAGGAAGAAUGACGUGAUACUGCAAAUUGCACACUAGAAGAUAUUCACAAAUGAUGAGGUAUUCCACGGGACCUUAAAUAGGAUAACUAAAGGAAUAUAAAACUAGGUGCGCAAUUACAUGCAUUAUGAUUCCAAUCACUGAAUGAGACGAAAAAAUGUUAAGGAAGAAA